AUGCAAAAGCAAGACCCGCUUGCGACACAGAUUUGGAAGCUUUAUAGCAGAACAAGAUCCAAUCUCCCCAAUCAAGAGCGCAUGGAAAACCUUACAUGGAGGAUGAUGUCUAUGACGCUGAAACGGGAACAGCGACAAAAUUGCUUGAACCUAAACCGGCGUGCACAUUCACAAGCUCUCAGCACUGGAACAACAACAUCUCUGUUCAGUAAUGAUGAUGACGACGGGGAAUCGAUGUUUAUAGACGAGCCUUCCAUAGAAACCCGAUCACAAACAGCCUCCCCUUCUGCGAUGGACAUAUCCGGCUCGACACCAGGACUUUUUGAGUCUCAAUCUUCUGCCCGUGCAAUACCAAUCAAACCGCACCGGCAAGAAUAUCUCUUAAACUCAUUUCGAUCAUCGGCACCUUUUUCUUCAGUCCCUUCUCGACCAAGGCCCCUUGGAACCUCUGAAUUUGACUAUAUUCAGAGACAUCGACGGAAGACCAGCCUUGACGUGGGGAGCCAGGCUAAAAAGCGGCCUGCAAAUUUCUCACCGCAGGUCCCCGCACUUCAAAGUAUUUCUAUACCUCACGACCCGGACCCAGACCAGGAACUUUUGGAUUACAGUUUAGACCCUUCCGAUGUCUUUGUGUCUUCCCAAACAGGGAUGCAUCCAUACCCCAUACGCAAUAAUCACCUUGACAGCUUACCAUACGGGUUAAAUACAACAAUGGUUGGUGUCGAUAGUACGGACCCAAUUCUACACUCUGCCGGGCCCUUCCAACCAAACUUUAAUUUUUCGCCAAUUGAAUCCCCUCUGGCAACCAAUGGUGGAUUUUCAGCUCUGUAUAACGGUACAUCCUUAACAUCGUCGAUAGCCUCACAAGAUUUCUACUCACCGCCAGCUUCUACUCCACACUCGGCCUCCUCUACUCCUCAUCCAAUCCCCGAAAAUAGCGAGGUUUUCUUUGGACAAAAUACUGCUGAAGCUCGGCAGCAUGUGCGUAACAUCUCUCAUUUUAGCCGUACUAGUCGACAGUCUACUCUUACAGGGACUCUGGCCCAGGCUGGAUAUGUGUUUGGGAAUAAUGAUGGAUUCUAUCAGGGCACGCCAUCUGUCCAGGAGGGGUUUGCAAAUAUGAAUGGAUUUGCGUAUCAGCAUGUCGACCCAUCUCAAAUUAUCAACCAAAAAGAACAGCCUUCCAAAAAUCGUCCUGUCGCGGCCAAGUCUGAUGGGUUAUUUAGCCUUGGACCCGAUUCUGAUCUUGAAGACGAGGAGAGGGAUACCUUCCAGGCAAACUUCAAAGAAUACUCACAAGCAGAACCCAAUUCCGAAGUGCCCUUCCCUGGCGACCCUUCUAACAUUCAUCUUUGGACCAAAGAUUCCGCAAUGCAUUCCGACAAGCCUUUCGGGCUAUCGACCUCCGAAUCUUCGAAUCAAGUCCCGAACAACUCUACUCGCGGAACUGCUCUUGUAAGUUCUAGUGAUGGUAUGAUGGAAAGUAGUGAAUGGGCAAAGUUCAGCAAAGGAUUGGCUACACUUCCAGGCACCGUUGACGCCAAGGGUGCACUUGGGGUCGAUAGCCGCGGUCGCACUGGAGUCAAUAGGAUCGUGGGUGCUGUGACAUACGGCAUCCCAAGCAACUCUCGGACUUUAUCAAACCCAAGUAGCCCGCCUGAAUCUGGGUUCAAUUCGGCAAAUCCUUCACGCCCCCCUUCACCCGAUACUUCGAAAUCUACCCACGGUAUCGGUCAGAAUGGGCUGCCGACUACCUGUACAAAUUGCUUCACUCAAACGACUCCCCUCUGGCGCCGAAAUCCGGAGGGGCACCCGCUUUGUAAUGCCUGUGGUCUGUUUCUGAAGCUUCAUGGGGUUGUCCGCCCCUUAUCCUUGAAGACGGAUGUAAUCAAAAAGCGAAACCGCGGGAGUGGAAACUCGCUACCUGUGGGUGCUUCACCAUCUCGAACUAAAAAGACGAUUCGGAAACCUUCCUCCCAAAAUGCUAGAGCGAGUGCAGCCAGUGGUGGCCCCGGGGCGUCUGCUGCUGAUGAAAAUAGUUCGCCCUCCUCAAGCGAGAAUAUCGCUUCGAUGGCUGGUUUGAAUGUUAGCGCAUCUUCAAAUUCCGCCACUCCCACUGGCCGCAACAAUCCUCCAAUUGCCCCCAAAACGGGGGUAAUGGGCUCAUCGGUUACGGUUGAUACAUCUCUGAGUAGAACAUCUGGUGGUGCCUCGAUAAAAAGGCAAAGAAGGUCUUCCAUUGGACGAAGUGAUAUCGAUAACUCUGCUGGUCUCGCGGAAGGAGGCGUGAUGUUGGAUAGGGAAGGAAAUCCGACCAGAGCUGACCAAACAGGUAGCAUUUCAUCACAGGGCGCUCUGGGACUGCAUGGGUCGACAUCAAGCCCCCCCCAGCCCAACAUUAUGUCCACGCUCUCAUCAUCUGGCUCCACACACGAAUGGGAAUGGCUCACCAUGUCCCUGUAG